UUCUGACAAGUUUGCAUUCACACAAUAGACCUAGCAAGGGAGAGCUGAAGCAGGAGAAAAAGGAAUGCAGUAAAAGUAGUGACAGCAGAGGCGGCAUCUCGGGAGUCAAAAGAAGCACAAUCCUUACAGCUCUCGACCAAGCCAGUCUUGUGGAUUAAGUCUUCUUUUCUAAGCCAGACUGCAAGAGCUCAUCCUACAAGAGACUCUCUCACUCUGUUUUACUCUCUCUAUGCCAUUGCAGGGAGUAUGGACUUGGCUCAGUGAGGUGCUCUGUUUGUCUCUUCCACGCUCUCCUUCAUCCACUACAUUUACUUUCCUCCAUCUCCACCGCCUUUUUUCCCCUAUCUCCUUACUCAUGUUUCUUCUUCUCUCUGUCGCUUCUUCCUGCUGUCUUAAAGUCAGAGCAGCAACCUGAAGAAAAUUGCUGUUAGCACUAGCUAUUAGCUACCUACGUCUUAGAGAAGGUGGCUUUUAGGGGUGACCUCGUCCAUCAUCAUCCUCUGGCAUUCAGGACAGACCUCUUCCCCCACCUCCCAUCCUCACCCAGCAUCACAGGGUGGGAUGGGACGGGGUUGGGUGAGUUAGGUUGGGGCUCAAGGGUUAGCAACAGGGUAGGCAAUGCCAGAUAGUAAAGGACGUGGGGAAAGAGGAGGUGGGUGUUUGCAAGGGAAGUGGAGGCUGAGGAAGCAAGGUAACCGUUCAGCUAUCCCAGCACUUUUCACCAUCACUGAGGAGGAGGAGGUACAGAGACGAAGAGAUGCUUGCAAGAGAAAGAAAAAAGGAGGAAGGAGCCCCAGUAACAAUGCUGGCACCAAAACAGACUCGCUGCUCUUCAACAAGAUUGACGAGAGACUUAGGUUGGCCCGUGAGCGCCGGGAGGAGCGUGAAAAACAGAAUGCUGCCAAGGAGGCCCAGUGGCAGGCCCGUGAGGAACGAGCCAGGCAGCACUAUGAGAAACACGUUGAGGAGAGAAAGAAAAAGCUGGAGGAGCAGCGGGUAAAGGAGGAAAAGAGACGGGCUGCCGUGGAGGAGAAACGUCGGCAAAAAAUAGAGGAAGACAGGGUACUGACGCUCCCCUCGUUCACAGCUAAAACCAGACAGAAGGCCAACCGUUGGUCUUGGGGAGGAACUCUGCAGACAAACACAACCUGCACAACAGCUGGUUUUGUCGAGUCAGCUUUCCUCUAUCCACUCGACCUUGCUGGACUGGAGCACAUGCAGAGUGCUUUCAGUCUCUACUACAGAUAUGGAAUGACAUCCCAAUAUGCUGAUAGGCGCUCAGUGUCCACAAUGAAUUUAUCCAAGCACACAGACCCUGUCAUUACCAAGCGCCUCUCUUGCUCCUCUGCCACACUCCUGCACUCACCAGAUCGAGGCUUACAGAUGAGAACAGUCUCCUCCCCUGUCAUAAACAAAGCUCAGUCCAAACCCCACCUACAUCAGGGAAAGACCAGCCAACAGAAAAACACAGGACUGCGCCGCCUUCCACUGACGCCAUGGGAGAGCAACAUGGUGAACCGCCUGCAGCAGCCAACACACUCCUACCUGGCCCGCAGCCGCAGUGCAGUGAGUCUGUCAGGAGACCAAUCAGCCAUGCCUGUGUGUCCUCGCUCAGUUUCCUGCCACCCCAUGGGCUCAAUGUCCUUCAAGGCCCUGCAGGCACAGCCGCUGCCUCACUGUCGCAGCCAGGAGAGGAACCUCAGCAGGGACGCAGCUUCCUCGUCUUUAAACACCCCGCGCAGGAGGACAACCGGAACAACACAGCGGCAAAAAGACCGUGACAGUGUCAGGAAGUCAUGGAGCAACCUGACACUUCCAUUUGCUCCUGUUCUCUCAUUGCCACCAAGCAAGCGCUCCUCUUCCCCAAUCAAAAAGAGCGGUAAAGUGACAGCACCCUCUCCUGGCAGACCUCCACAGAAACCAGUGGGGCGACCUCCAACCCCCAAGUUGCUAAAGUCUCCAGGGGCAGAAGAUCCUGGAAAUCUUCGUCCUGUCAGGAUCACACCUGAGAGUUCCCACUCUUCAACACCCAGAGGAGAGGAGGAGGAUGAGCAGGUCCUCAGCCCUCCUCAGCCUCGACCUCAGCCACUGGGUCAGAACAAGAGCUCGAAUGAGCAAACGGCAACCAGCGAGAGUGUAAGCAGUCCACCAGCUCACAAGCCUUCAGCGGGCACCACAGACCCGGAGGAGGCGAGUCGUAUCCUGGCCGAGAAACGACGGCUGGCCCGCGAGCAGAGAGAGAGGGAGGAAGAAGAGCGCAGGCGACAAGAGGAGCAGGCAAGAUUAGCAAAGGAGGAGUUGGCUCGCCGAAAGGCAGAGGAGAGAGCAAGGAGAGAAGAGGAGGCUCAGCGCCAGGCCGAGGAGAGGAGGAAGAAGGAGGAGGAAGAGGAGAGAAAGGCAGAGGAAGAAAGACUUCGGAAAGAGCGAGAAGAGGCAGAGAGACUACAGAAACAGAAAGAGGAGGAAGAGGCUCGACAGAGAGAGGAGGCGGAGCGACUGAGGCAGGAGAGAGAGAGGGAGAAUGGGGAGUUUGAAGAGGUGCUUGUACUGCCUUCACAUUCCAGGUUGUCUCCCCCUGAAGGAGAGGAGGAGCAACAGCAACAGCAGGAGGACAACAGAGUUCCUGUCCUAGCCUUCUCAGAGAAUGGUCUACUGAAACCUCUAAGCAGAGUAGACGAUAUAUCAGCCCAGCAGGGAGCAGAUGUUGCCUGAUGCCCUGAUGCAACAUGACGAUUCCACACCCACGGACAUGAAGGAGAGGUGAAACAGAGAGGUGAAGUACAGAGCUGUUGGACUGAAUCAGUAGGACAACUCUCAGCACUAGAUUCUUCCUUUCUUCCUCUCCUGUGACAGAAGAGCACUGUUCCCAAAGAUGGUGUCUCCAAACAUCUUGUAAGGGCAUCACUGAGAGAGAUUACUCUUCCCUCAUCCUGCACUCUGUGGGGCAAAGCUUGUUUUUCUGUAUCUGAACAUGAUUACACUUGGUCAUCAUGUAUGUUCUGUGUAUAGCCACAGGUUUCCCUGAUUCUUAAAUGAAUGUCCUGAAAUCACAGGAGGGCAUUGAGUGUGUAUAGUCUUGCGAUGUGCGUGAUUGAGAGCGCGAAUGAGAAACUGACAAAAAUGUAAAAACUAAGAUCAGCUGUCAGUCAGCAGCUGUGAUACUUGAACGUUUUUGAACUAUUUUUCUGUAGACAGAUUGUGAUCAGCGAUGUGACUUUAGCUCAGGCCCCAAUCUAGCUUCGUUUAUGAAUUUUUGUCUCUAACUGGAACCUUAUGGUUCUCACAAGGUAAUAUUUCUGCAGAAAUGUGAGAAAUAAAGAGUGCUACAGGAAUGAUA